AUGUUGACCAUGCUCAAGCAACAGUCCCCUAGAGGCUUCAUCGUCCCGAGGGCACGCCCCAAGACGCUGCUCUUCCUGGCCCUCGCCGUCAUCUCCGUCUACUUCCUCGCAACACGCGGCGCUCCUGCCGGAUACCGCGUCGUCCCGUGGGACCACCAAGGCGCCGCUCCGUCCUCCGAGACGGUCGCCGAGCCCCCCAAGUCGGAAGAAGAGAGGAAGCAGGAGGAGGAGAGACAGAAGCAGGAGAGAGAAAAGCACGAACAGGACCUCCGGGACGAGUUCGCGCGCGAGUACGAUGCCGCCAAAAAGCUGCCCGGAAACGAUGCCAUCUACGGAAACACGCUCAAUUCUUUGAGAGACAAGGAGAACAGGACCGCCGAACAUGCCGCCAACCUCCGAGAGGCCGGCACUCAGGAGGAGGCCUACACCAACCAGCGCCCCGUCUACUUCAACCCCUAUCCCGACUACAACAGCGAGGAGUGGAAUAAGACGCAUCGCGCGCCCCACGUCCCGUGCAUUGGCGCUACUGGCGAGGCAGUUGAGGAUCUAUUGGUCUUCAAGGGCCACCCUGAGAAGUUUCCCGACCCGGGCUUCGGCGGCUUCGAUAUCCUCAACAUGGACGGCAACGUCUGCUACGAGCGCGAGACCAGGCUCGGUCCCUAUGGCCUUCUGCCCCAGCUCAGCAAGGCCGGUCUCCGCAUCGACUGGGACAACAUCAACUGGGGCGAUCUCCAGGAGAAGUGCAUUGAGAGAAACAUCGCUCGAUUCGACGAGGGCGAGCCGAACCCAUACAUCAAGACCGCUUACCCCGACAUUGCAGAGAAGUACGGCAAGGAGAUCGAUGAGGCAGAGAAGCAAAACGAGAAGCGCGGGCUCGGUAAGUUCAGGGGCGGAUCCAAGGCCGUCAAGGUGACGACACCGGACACCCGCACCGCCGUCCUGUUGCGAACCUAUACCGGCAAGAAGUACACCGAGAACGACAAGCAGGUCAUCCGCUCCCUUAUUUCUGAGCUCUCCCUCCGAUCCGGCGGCGAGUAUCAGAUCUUCUUGCUGCUGCACGUUCGCGACCAGGCCCUCGACAUCUGGAACGACGAGGCGACCUACCAGUACGUGCUCAAUGAGCACGUUCCCCUCGAGUUCCACGGCAUCACCAAGCUCUGGAACGACCAGGCCGUCUGGAACAUCUACACAGCUUUGACAGACGAUAACGAGAAGAGCGUGCACUCGGCCCAGUGGCUGUCGGUGCAGAAGUUCAGCCAGGACCACCCUGAGUUCGACUUUAUCUGGAACUGGGAAAUGGACGCCAGGAUCAUCGGCCAUAACUACGAUUUUCUGCAGCGCCUCGGCGACUUCGCCAAGAAGCAGCCUCGCAGAGGCCUGUGGGAGCGCAACGAGCGUUACUACAUCCCAGAUUACCACGGAGACUACGACACCGACUUCCGCAAGGACGUCGAGCAGCGCACCCGCGGCAACCAAAUCUGGGGCCCGCCCAAGUUGCCCUUCAUCAACCCGGUCGGCCCCAAGCCUCCCGUCGAAAAUCCUGAAAAGGACCCUUACAAGUGGGGAGUCGGCGAGGAGGCCGACAUGAUCACCGUCGGCCCCAUCUUCAACCCCAUUAACAGCAGCUGGAUCAUCUCGGACCACAUCUGGGGCUACAGAGACGAGCAGUUCCCCGAUCCCGCCAAGACGCUCCCCCGCCGAACCACCAUCGUCACCCAGUCCCGCGUCUCAAAGCGUCUCUUAGACAUCAUGCACGUCGAGAACCUCCGCGGCAACCACAUCGCUUCCGAGAUGACACCUCAGACUGUUGCGCUGCUCCACGGGUUUAAGACCGUGUUUGCGCCUCACCCCACCUGGUUCGACCGCCCUUGGAAUGGAACUUUCCUUGCCAAGUGGUUCAACCCUGGACCCCGCGGCGAGAGUGGCGGCGAGGGCAGCCCUAUGGGCUGGGGAAGAGAGCGCAGAUACCAGGGUAUGACCUGGUACUACCGUGCCGAGCCUCCCCCAAGGCUGUACAACAACUGGAUCGGUUAUGUCGACACUAAGAUUGGAGGCAAGAACUGGGAGAGAGCGCACGGCCGUCCUUGCUUGCCGCCCAUGAUCCUCCAUCCCAUCAAGGAGGUCAAGCCGACGGAACCCGGCUUCGCGACCCAGUUUGAGCUCUUCUACGGCUGA